AUGCCUGUAACAUCCAAGGGUUAUCCUGAAUGGCAUUUUAUGGGAAACCUAGCCGCACCAUUAUUCCUAUCCCUCACCCUCCCUCUAUCUCCCUUAGAUGCGCUCUCUCUCUUGAUCCGCAUCUCUCUCUCCCUUCAAUCGACCCAUCACCACAGACCACCGCAACACCGCAUCCCUCUCUGCUCUCCUUCUCCCUCCGACCCACCGCAACACCGCAAGCCCUCGGAAAUCGAAUCCCAGUCGCUCCUCUCUGGUGAUCCUGAUUGGACACCACUACCACCACCGACCGACGCGACGAGUCACCACUUUUACCACCAUCGUUCAAUGGCAUGUAGUUCUUCACCCCAAAAGGUUUAUAGAGCAUUUGAUCGUCGUUGGGACAACCCUUUGCGCUAUCACGAAGAGGAUCCAAAGCUUAUGCCGCCUUAGUAGAGAACUGUGGGUUUCUUGAUUCCAAAUGGAAGAAUCAAUAAUGAGUCUCUUUUUUUUCUCGGUAGAAGGUCCGAAUGUGAUUGCUAAGAAAAAAGAGUAAAAAUACGAAAUAGACAAAAAA